CUAUAACUGCAAACCCUUAUUUUUCCAGUUACAUCUCACCACUCUGCAACCUCACUAGUCCUCGCCAUUCCCACCGGCCAACACCACCAUCUUCCAUGGCCAAAUCGAAAAACCCUUUUCAUCAUUUCCCUAACCCUCCUUCUCUCCUCAGCCAAACAACCUCGUUUCUCCCGAAUGAUCACCCCAACAUCUCUAGGCCUCAAAAAGGAGAAGCUCAGCCACUUCCACUCACGACAUAAUCUCGACCUGCUACUUCUCUCAAAGCCCUCGCCACCUCCUGCCUCCGCCGUCGCCGCCUCCAUCCCUUCCGCCUCUCUUGUUUUGGGUCGCUUCCUGCACGGUUGUUGCCCUGUUCUCAUUAUCAACCUUCCAUUGUUCCUCAAUCCUCUCCACAAGCAAUUUUCCUCUUCCUCAUAAGGAAUAUGCCAGAAAAGAAGCCAGUGGUUGGGUUGACAUGGCAACCGCCGUUGCCAGUUUCAUCUUCAUUAAAAGCCACAAAUGGAUCCCAUAUAAAAACUCAAAUCGGGGCAUCAAGAAGCACUGUUUGGAAACCCACUUCAGAGCUGGUUGAUGGCCUUUUUGCUCCUCCAAAUGAUCCUAGAAAAUUGAACAAGUUACUGAGAAAACAAGUUAAAGAUACUGCUGGGAAAAAUUGGUUCAACAUGCCGGCUCAAACCAUCACCCUUGAGUUGCAGAAAGAUCUCAAGUUAUUGAAGUUGAGGGGUGCCAUUGAUCCCAAGCGUCACUACAAGAAGGGUGAUUCAAAAUCAAAGACACUUCCCAAGUAUUUCCAGAUGGGAACAGUUGUAGAUUCUCCAUUGGACUUCUUCUCAGGAAGAUUAACAAAGAAGGAGAGGAGAGCAUCAUUAGCAGAUGAGCUGCUUGCUGAUCAAAACCUUGUAGCCUAUAGGAAGCGGAAGGUUCGAGAAAUCGAAGAACAAAACAAACCAGCUGGGAAUGAAAAUUGGAAGAUUAAAGGCGGGAGUUCCCGGAAGCGAGCAAAAGAAAAGAGGAAUUGCUGAAUUUCCACCCUUUUUAAGAUGUAGACACUCUCCUAAAUGCUUUGAUCAGUUUAGAAUUAUUAUCAUUAUUUGAAAAUAUCCUAGUUAUCUGUAAAACCUAUUGAUGCUUCAGAAAAUGUUUAUUUUAUGGCUGAGUUGAUAUCCUGUGUUUAGAAAAUGUUGAUCUUUUUUGUUUGGAAGACUCAAAUGGGGAGAGGGUCCUUAUGAUUUGGAGACUCAAGGCACAUUUCUAUUGCAAAAACUCAUUUAUGGGAGUUUUUUUUUGAGUGAAUCACCCUUUUGGUCCCUAAGAAAGUAGGCGUCGGUCAUAGUAGUCCCUAAAAAUUAUUAAUGGUGAAAAAAAUCCCUGAAAGUGUUGACGUCGGUCAUAGUAGUCCCUA